AUGUGGUGGUUAGAACGAGCUACGACGACGUGGGUAAUAUGCAUUUGGGCAACAGACGUGAUGGCUGCAGAGACUGCUGCGUUAACUAGAGACCAGCACCAGGUGUCGUUCGUGUGUCCGGCGUACAAGGCGUCGCACGUGCAGGGACAAGAGGCACAGUUUGCAAGUUGCGUGGAGCUGGCUCCUGUGGCAGCCAAUUCCACGGUUCAGGUCGUGUUUCAAGUGCAAGAGUUGAUACCUGAUGGGGUGGACGUGGCGCGGUUUGGGCCCACCAGCACGCAGAACCACAAACAGUCGCUGGAUCUCACGCUUACGGACCAACUCGGGAACUUGUUGAACGGCCAUCGGCACCUAGCGCUGGGCGAGAGCGCCGUGCAAAUACAAUCUGGGUCGCAGCCAGCUGCUUACUCUGUAUGCCUCCUGAAUUUGGUGUACGACGGGUCGUGGAAGUCCAUAGAUACAGAUCGAGUCGUCACGUUGACCAUGGACCAAGUCUCGGACACGCGCCAGUGGCCUUCAGUGUUGCUCACAGAGGCGGAUCGCGCAUUACUCGCGAAGACAGUUGAGCUCGUAUGUUAUCUGGCCAAAUCCAGCUUUGGGGCCGACUUACUAGACGUCGAGAGCCAGCGGCGAGACCUCAACGAAAGCACAUUCGUGUGGGUGACGUACGGACAAGUCAUGGUAGUGGUAUUAACACUCAUGGGCAAUUGUGCAGUGCUUAGUUAUGUAGCAGGCCGACUCCGAGUCCGCAGAAGUAGCUUGCGCUGGUCAUAA